UUUAUUGUGCGUCUGAGUGUAAGGUUAAAAUCUGUUCAGCUGCGGCUGAUUUGUGCUGUGAUAUUAUUGAUCUCGGCUGCCGUAUCGAUAUCACCGGAAAUGGAGGCACCGUGCACUCUGCAAACGGACCAUAUGUGCACCGAGCCGGGCGCCAGUUAUCCCUGGAAGCAGAUCGACAAGUACAUUGAGGAGAACCGUGGGCUGACGUACCGCUUGUUCGGCGCCGUGACGGAUCCGCUGAGUCCCUUGAAAAAUCUCAAUGUUAAGGAGAUGGCGGAGUACCGGGUGGCCAAGAAAAACCAGCCGCUGUUACGGAAUCCUUGCGUCAGCGAUGUGGCCUUGGAGCAGCCGUACUGGUCGAAAAACCUGAAGGGUCAACUGCGCGUCAUCGUCAACCACAGCCCCUUCGAGCAGUUUGUCCAGCUGGAGAAAUGCCUUUCGACGCCAGACAUGGACAGCCCGUACGACCAGCUGGAGCAGCAGUGCCCCGACGACGACUGCCUGUGCAUGCAGGAGUACCGCUCGGUGCGCCUGGUGGCCUACGACCCGGCACAGGACGAGAAGGGCAUCUUCAUGGACUGGUUCGAGUUCCCCUGCUGCUGCCAGUGCAAGUGCUUCGAUCGCGGCGAAUCCGCCAACACCACGGCGGCCAGCACCACGCUCAGUACGGCGCACGUCUCGGCCGAGCGCGAUCUCGACGAUCUGACCACCACCAAGGCCUCAACGACCUCCACGCUGCGGCCGACUAACAGCCGGAAACCGGAGACCACGAAAACGGAGCCGACGUCCACACAGAGCACACCGGCUUCGCGGCCGCAUACUUCAUGGAAAGGUCACUCCAUUACGCUUGUACUCUAG